CUUUCACACCACCGCUUUCACUCUCCACUCCCCAUCGCACCAAAACCCUAGAUCUCCUCCUCCUCCUCCUCCACCUCCUCCUCGGAUUCCUUCUCCAAGGUUCGUCCCGACACCUCUAGGGCUUUUCUCAGCAUCAAAUGGCUCUUCUCCCGAUCCAAUUUGCGCUCCGUCUCGCUCUCUCUUGAGCUACUUGUUGACGGAUCUCCUUUUUGCGUCGUCUAGGGUUUCUGGGAGGAGCAAUCGGAAUGGCUUCGUCGUCUUCGAGCCAACCGGAGUUCGACUACCUGUUCAAGCUGCUGCUGAUCGGGGAUUCCGGGGUGGGGAAGAGUAGUCUCCUUCUCCGCUUCACUUCCGAUUCCUUCGACGAUCUCUCCCCUACGAUUGGUGUGGACUUCAAGGUAAAGAUGGUUAAUAUUGGUGGAAAAAAAUUGAAGCUUGCGAUAUGGGAUACAGCUGGACAGGAGCGAUUUAGAACUUUAACCAGUUCAUAUUACAGAGGAGCACAAGGGAUUAUCAUGGUUUAUGAUGUGACACGAAGGGACACAUUCACCAAUCUUUCUGAUGUCUGGGCCAAGGAAAUUGACCUUUAUUCAACAAAUCAAGACUGCAUAAAGAUGCUGGUUGGUAACAAAGUAGACAAGGAAAGUGAGAGAGUUGUCACAAAGAAGGAAGGCAUGGACUUUGCCAGGGAAUACGGAUGUUUGUUUCUAGAAUGUAGUGCUAAGACGAAAGUCAACGUAGAGCAAUGCUUUGAGGAACUCGUCUUGAAGAUUUUGGACACACCGAGUCUCGUAGCCGAGGGUUCAGCUGGGCCGAAGAAGAACAUAUUUAAGCAGAAGCCGCCAGAAGCUGAUGCUUCGACAAGCAGCUGCUGCUGACCUGUUUCUAUCCUUUCACAAUCUGAUUCUCCUGUGUUUUCGGUGAUAGCAUCUUUUCUGAUGGUGUGAUAUAGAUGAUGGUUGGAGUUGGUAGUGAUUUAUUUUGUAUCCCUCUGAUGUUCAUUACGAAAAUAACAAAGCUCUUUGAUCCAAUUAUAGAUUUCUAUCUUCUUAAACCUAGUUUGGUAGAGAGAGUCUGCAGAUCUGACCAACUUUUGUUGUCUCGGAACGCCGAUCUGAAGCAGCUCAAAUCCGAAGCUAUCCACAACUUGUGGGACUUGAAUCCUACACAAUUCGGAGACGCGACAGUCUGAAACCUGGCAGAAGUUUGGAUGACAGGAAACUGACGACUGCUUGAACAUGAGAUCGGAAACUCGGAAUUAAGUGAUCAGAAUCGAGCCUGACCAAAUCCGCCCACUUUGCCACCUCUAACCCUACCGAGUUAGACUGUUCCAGGAGGAAAAUCACUCAUAGCUGUCUUCUUUUUUCUGCACCUUUUGCCUUCUAUUUUGAUGGUCAAUGUAGCUCAGCUUUUGCAGAUAUUACAUUUGCAGCAGAGGCACUAAUACAAAGCUUAAAACAGGGUUUGGCUUCGUAGAAA